GACCUCAUCUGCAGUAUUUACACACACACGCUGCGAAACACACACACACAUAUCCGUCAAUUCCAUCACCGGCUCAGGACGAGAUGAUUUCCCUCAAAUAUCCCGACAGAGAGACAUUCAGGAGAUCCAGCGCCGUCCGCGGACAGCAGGCCGAUGAUUAACGCUCGUCCCGCUGUGUGCUGUCUGCAGUGUUGUUGGUGAUGCGGGAGCGGGAUCUGCAGCCUCAGCCCAGCGUGCGGCACUGGAGCCCGAAGCAUGUGGGCCGCUGGCUGCGCGAGGAGGGCUUCUGCGAGUACGUGGAUCUGCUGUGUAAUAAGCACCGGCUGGACGGACGCAGCCUGCUGGCGCUGAGCGAAUAUGACCUGCGCUCGCCGCCGCUGGAGCUCAAGGUGCUGGGAGACAUCAAGCGGCUGAUGCUGUCGCUCCGAAAGCUGCAGAAGAAGAACAGCGACGUGCUGGAGGAGCUGGGGCUGGACACACACACUGCACAGGGCGGAGCAGGCGGUGUGGACUGGUUGUGUAACGGUGACUCUGCUCGUGACUGUGACUCUGUGCUGGACACACUCAGCGGGGAUCUGCAGUACAGUAACGGUAAGCAGAAGCAGAUGCGGCGUCUGGAUCCAGAGGUCUGGAAAACCGUCCUCAGCUCCGUCUACGUGGCGUUCGUCUUCGGCUUCACCUCGUUCGUCAUGGUGAUCGUCCACGAGCGCGUGCCUGACAUGAGGACGUACCCACCGCUGCCCGACAUCUUCCUGGACAGUGUUCCCAGAAUCCCCUGGGCUUUCGCCAUGGCUGAGGCCUGUGGAGUGAUCCUGUGCUGCAUCUGGCUGCUGGUGCUGCUGCUGCAUAAACACAGGUCUAUCCUGCUGCGGCGGCUCUGCAGUCUGAUGGGCACCGUCUUCAUGCUGCGCUGCAUCACCAUGUUCGUGACAUCACUGUCUGUGCCUGGACAACACCUGCAGUGCACUGGCAAGAUAUACGGUGACGUGUGGGCGAAGCUGCAGCGGGCAGUGGCCAUAUGGAGCGGGUUUGGGAUGACGCUCACCGGAGUGCAGACGUGUGGAGAUUACAUGUUCAGCGGACACACCGUCGUCCUCACCAUGCUCAACUUCUUCGUCACUGAAUACACACCGCGCAGCUGGAACUUCAUCCACACUCUGUCGUGGGUGUUGAAUCUGUUCGGGAUCUUCUUCAUCCUGGCAGCUCAUGAGCAUUACUCCAUCGACGUCUUCAUCGCCUUCUACAUCACCACGCGACUCUUCCUCUACUACCACACACUCGCCAACACGCGCGCGUACCAGCAGAGCCGCCGCGCGCGCAUCUGGUUCCCCAUGUUCUCCUUCUUCGAGUGUAACGUCAACGGCCCCGUGCCCAACGAGUACUGCUGGCCCUUCAGGAGACCCACGCUGCUCAGGAGACUCAUCGGCUGACACACACACACACACACACACACGCGCGCACUAAACACACACUCUACAUACUUACACAAAACAUAAGCAUAGACACACAUACACUAAACACACACUCUACACACACACACACACACACACACACAUACAAAACAUUCACAAACAUAAACACACGAACACACACACUCUACACAUAUACACACUUACACAUACUAUAACAUACACGCAUGCACACUAUAACACACACACACUAAAGCAUACAUACAUACACAAAUACAUGCACACACAAUAAACGCAAAUAUACACACACUUACACCAAAUGCAAACAUACACACACUAAACAUACACAAACAUAAACACACACACAUCAGACACAAAAACAAACACACACACACACACUAUACGCAUAUACACAUACACUAAACACACUCUACGCAUACACACACUAAAACAUACACAAACAUGAAUACACAUACACACACACAAAACAGACACACUCUAUACGUAUACACACACACACACUCUAAACACACACACUCUACACAUAUAUACACACACACACACACACUCUAAACAGUCACACACUCUACAUGUAUACACACACACACACACACAUUAAAACAUACACAAACAAACACAUACACACACACACUAAACAAAUACAGACAACACGUACACACACACACACAUUAAACAUACACAAAUGCAUACGCACACACUCUACACGUAUAUAUACACACACACACAUACACACACACACACACUCACUCUAAACAGAAACACACUCUACGUGUAUACACACACACACAUUAAAACAUACACAAACAAAUGCGUACGCACACACACACUCUACACAUAUCUAUAUAUACACGCACUUACACUAAGCACAGUUUAUAUACACACACACACAUACACAAACUAUACACACCAACACACACUCACACACUGGCUGUGUGGAGUGAUCCUGAGGUGCCAUGUUGUGGAGGAGGCCAAACAUACACACACACACACACACACACUCCUGAAGGAUUUCUAUGGACUGGACUGGCUGAGGCCAGGACACACACACGCACGCUAAACUCUAGUUUCACAGAGCACGGCUAAAGGGAUAGUUUGAGUAUACACACACACACACACACACACACACACACGCACACAGUAUUUUCCUCCAGAUAUGACUCGUCAGUGUUUGAGCUUCAGAGACUGUAAAUAAUGCAGAAAUGAAGAUCUCAGGUGAGCAGCAGGAGUGUGUGUGUGUGUGUGUGUGUGUGUGUGUGUGUGUGUGUGUGUGUGUUCUGUAAAUCUUCAUUCAUGCUAAUCUGCAUGUGUCUGAACUGAAGGAAACCCAUCAGUGCCAUCGCUUCAUCUCCAGCGUUUGUAAUGAAGACGCUGUAAUGUGUGUCUGUGUGUGUGUGUGUGUGUGUGUGUGUGUGUGUGUGUGUGUGUGUGUGUGUGUGUGUGUGUGUGUGAGACUGAGGCCCGGUCCUGCUGACCCUGCAGAUCUGGACUCUACAGUCUGGCUUCUGCUGCUGAGGGAGAGUCACAGGCCUCUUAAAGACACAGUACACACAUGACCAUCAGAAACCUUCAUUGACAUCAGACCUGUGUGAUGAACACACAUGGAGAUAUUCUGCAGAAUGCUGGAGAAGCCCAGCCACUGACCACUGCAGUAUUCACUUAAUUUAGGAUCGAUGUCUGCUGCUCCAGCACUCUUCAGGAGAUCUCGCUGUGUGUUCAGCAGAGGAGAGAAGCUCAUGUGUGGUGCGUACAUCUGCUUGAUCAUCAGUGAGUAGAUGUAGAUGAGUGGUGUACUGUCUCUUUAAGAGGCUCUGCAGUGUAGCUGUUGCUGAUAGUAGAUACUUGACGUUGUAACUCUGUUUUUAGUGUAAAUGCUGACCUGAUGGACUGCUGAAGCGCUCUCAGACUGCAGGUGUGUGCAGCUGAAUGCUGUAUUCAGUGUUGUGUAGGUCUUAAUGCCAUGUGCUCUUGCUGUUUUUAUAUUUUGGCAGUAUUAGUGUCUGUAUGAGUGACGAGAUCAGUAUACUGUGUUGGAGACCUCACAAAACAUGGACUGAUCAUAUUUACUCUACUAUACAGAGCAAUAAUGAUGAUAAUAGUAAUAUAUAUGCAAAUAACACCACACACCGGCCAAUUUAUUAGGUACGCCUGCUCGUCAAGACGAUCUGCUGCAGUUCAAAGCGAGCAUCAGAAUGGGGAAGAAAGGGGAUUUAAGAGACUUUGAACGUGGCAUGGUUGUUGCUGCCAGACGGGCUGCUCUGAGUAUUUCAGAAACUGCUGAUCUACUGGGAUUUUCACGCACAACCAUCUCUAGGGUUUACAGAGAAUGGUCCGACAAAGAGGAAAUAUCCAGUGAGCGGCAGUUCUGUGGGCUCAAAUGCCUUGUUGAUGCCAGAGGUCAGAGGAGAAUGGCCAGACUGGUUCCAGCUGAUAGAAAGGCAACAGUAACUCAAAUAAGCAGAAGAGCAUCUCUGAACACACAACACGUCCAACCUUGAGGCGGAUGGGCUACAGCAGCAGAAGACCACACCGGGUGCCGCUCCUGUCAGCUAAGAACAGGAAACUGAGGCUACAAUUCACACAGGCUCACCAAAACUGGACAAUAGAAGAUUGGAGAAACGUUGCCUGGUCUGAUGAGUCUCCAUUUCUGCUGACACAUUGGGAUGCUCGGCUCAGAAUUUGGCCUCAACAACAUGAAAGCAUGGAUCCAUCCUGCCUUGUAUCAGCGGUUCAGGCUGGUGGUGGUGGUGUAAUGGUGUGGGGGAGAUUUUCUUUGGGUCCAUUAGUACCAAUUGAGCAUGGUGUCAACGCCACAGCCUACCUGAGUAUUGUUGCUGACCAUGUCCAUCCCUUUAUGAGCACAGUGUCUCCAUCUUCUGAUGGCUACUUCCAGCAGGAUAACGCACCAUGCCAUAAAGCGUGAAUCAUCUCAGACUGGUUUCUUGAACAUCACAAUGAGUUCACUGUACUCAAAUGGCCUCCACAGUCACCAGAGCUCAAUCCAAUAGAGCACCUUUGGGAUGUGGUGGAACGGGAGAUUGGCAUCAUGGAUGUGCAGCCGACAAAUCUGCAGCAACUGUGUGAUGCUAUCAUGUCAAUAUGGAGCAAAAUCUCUGAGGAAUAUUUCCAGCAGCUUGUUGAAUCUCUGACAUGAAGGAUAAAGCCAGUUCUGAAGGCAAAAGGGGGUCCGACCCGGUACUAGUAAGGUGUACCUAAUAAAAUGGCCGCUAAGUGUAUAAUGUAAGUGCACAGGAGAGAGAGAGAGCUAUGGAGAAACAUUUAAAUUCUUAUUAGUUUAUUUAUUAGGUAUGAUAACAUCACGCAUUGUGUAUAUAAAAUAUAAGGUUAUUAUUGAUUUGGUUUGCUAAUAUUUGUUUAUUUUAUAAAGGCCUGAACCCACUUCAGAUUUCAUUUAGAAGUAUUAGAAGAUUUAAAAGUAGUUAGUUAGGUGAUGGUUAUUAUUUUAAUCAAAUACUCGAUUAUACUCUUCUGAAGUGAAUUAUUAGUAUUGUGUUGUCUAGAAAUGAAUAUAAGCAUGACACCUCUUUAAUAUUUAAAAAUAAGCACUGAAAGACUAAUAUUUAGAUGGAAGAGGAGUUCACAGAACUCAAACACAGAUCAAGAGUUUGAGUGAUCUCUAAUACUGCUCUCUCUCUAUAUAUAUCUAUAUAUAUUACUAUUAUUAAUGUUAGUUUGUGGUUGUCAGAGGUUAUUCUGGUGAGAUUAAUAUAGUCCAGUAAUGCAGUCUUCAUUCAUGCAGGAUGCUGUAAUGGUGUCCUCCUGUAGAACUCCUCUAUGCUGGAGUGUGAUAUGAUCGUCUGGGUUUUGUGAGAUUCUCUCUUGUGCUCAUGUUCACUGUAGGUUUUCUCCAUGUUUAAUAGUGUACUGAAGAGCCAAUAACGCCAAACUCUGGAGUGAAUCUGGAUAUUCAGCCUCCUCCUCAUCAUUCCAGCUGCCAAUGCUCUGUGUGUGUAGAUGAACGCUGUUGUUCACUGCGGGGUUUCAGAUGUAUAUGAGGGGAUUGGCUAUUAUUUAAUGAUGUUUACGAUGAAGAGCAGGAGACUCA